AGAUUGCUGCUUGGGAGUGUCAGCAAGUACGUAGUUACCAACGCAACAUGCCCCGUUACAGUUGUGAAGGGCCCAGCUGCUCUGAAGCCUUAAUCAGUUAUAUGUGUUCCUUAACUAAAGCUGGAGAUAACGUUCCUAUGUUGUUAACAACAUGGAUUAUCUUUGUCUGUACUAUUUUACAGUAUUCCAUUAUCUUAUGAAUAGUUGCUUGUAUCAGUGUGAGAAAAUUAUGAUUGAACUAUUAAAGGAGGAGAGAUUGUGUGAUGAUGUUAUAAACAUUUGAUGUUUCAAUGUAUAAACUACACAGAUUAUUUUCCUGAUGCAACGAUUAACGAUCUAAGACUAUUUUGUUUAUUA